AUGGCUCAAGACAGCAUUCGCUCACCUGCAUCCGCGGCAGUCUGUGUCAGCCUUUCGGAGCUUGAAGCAGGUACAGUCUCGCUGGAAACGCUAGAGCAAGCAUUCGGCGAGACAUCUUUGGGAAUCAUCCUGGUCUCUGAUCUACCGGAGAAGUUCACACAGUUACGCAAGAGGCUACUUAGCUACGCGUCGUAUUUGGGCAAUCUACCACAAGACGAGCUGGCGAAGGUCGAGAGGCCGGAGGCGAAAUAUAGUGUUGGCUGGUCUUGUGGCAAAGAAACACUGGCUAAUGGUCGUUAUGAUACUCUGAAGGGGUCGUAUUAUGCUCAGCCCAUUCAUGACGCUGAGCUAGAAGUCAAGGCGAGGAAGUUGUAUCCUGACAAUGUUGAGAUGACUUCGCCGAAUGUCUGGCCAGACGAGAGUGUCCUACCAGGCUUCGAGCAGAUCUUUGAAGAGCUCUGUCAUCUUAUGGUUGACACGGCUGCGUUGGUAGCACGGAACUGCGACAGGUACGGUACAGCGAAGCUCGAAGGAUAUCGGGAGGGCACGUUAGAGAAUAUUGUCAGGACGAGCGUCUCUACCAAAGCUAGACUGCUGCACUACUUUCCUCCACCAGAGGCCAUGACCACGAAGGAGACGCGGCCAGACUCCGCUAUGUCAAUUGAUGACGACUGGUGCGCAACUCAUCUUGAUCUUGGCGCACUUACAGGUCUCACGAGCAACAUGUUCGUCGACGAAGGCAUCCACACUCCACACGCCACGGCUGAUGCAAAUGGCACACUACCUUCACUACCCGAACUAGACUCUCACCCAGAUCCCAAGACGGGGCUUUGGAUCAAGGACCGCUCUGGCCGAACAACACAAGUCAACAUCCCACGGGGUUGUCUUGCAUUCCAGACAGGCCAGGCGCUUGAGCUAAUCACACAAGGCAAAUUCAGAGCUGUGCCACAUUUUGUACGUGGUGCUGCGCCUGGCAAGGGAGGUCACAUUGCUCGGAAUACACUCGCUGUUUUCACGCAGCCAAACUUGUGGGAGAUGGUUGAUGAGAAGCGUCACUUCGCAACAUUGGCACGGGAGAUCCUCAGCGCAGGGUUGUGA